AGGAAUCAUUUGAUCUUGACGAGCGCAAGUGUCCAGUUCAACGCGACCGAGAGCAAAACCCCGUCGGAGCGGACCGAGGUGUAUUCCGAAAGGGAAAACCCAACAUUGGAAGGAUAGAUUUUCUGAACCAUUUUUAUUUCAGUGAAGAGUAUCAUUUUUAUUGUGUGAAAAAAAAAUUGUAUAAAAGGUUGUGGAAAGAAUAAGACUUGUUAAAGGGAAAAAAAACAGUGAACCGAUCGCAAAUGAUCUUCGCCCGAUCACCUCCAUGUUCUUAGUAGCCCAUAGAAGCAUUAAGAAGGACAGCUCGUCUAAGUAGGGAGCCCAAGAAAGACGCCCAGUGAACGGAAGACACUUGAAACAGUUAAACAAUUUUCACCAGCGUGUGUGAGUGUGUGAACAGCGUGUGAAGAAACGAUGAAGACGGCCGUACCCUUAGGUUUGCUGCUGCCGCUGCUCGGUUUGCUGCUGAUCCAACCGGCCCACAGCGCACCCUUCAAUGUGCGCGACCCGGUCGAGGAAGGUUUGGCCAUGCCGGAGUCGAAGAUGAUUGAUUUCGAAAAUCUGACCGAAAGCGAACGGGAACAGUUCCUGCGGGAUAACGUCAACAUAACCGCCAUCAAGAUACAGCAGCGCGUGCUGCGGGAGAAGCAGAACAUGAACCGGACGAGCGGUCCGCUGGCCAUCACCCAGAGCACCAUCGACCGGAACGUGUCCGAUCGGGUGAAAACCAGAAAAGAAUACGCAGAGCAUAUAAUCGGCAACAUUAAGCACAACAUCGAGAGCAAUCUGAUGCGGAACGACACCGUGUCCCAUCUGGCGGCGACACACGAGAUGGCCUUUUCCGCCUCCUGCGAUAUGCCCAAGCACACCAACACCAGCCAGUGGGCCGAGGACAACACCUGGAAUCUGUAUUUCCGUCUGCCUCACAAUAAGCAGUAUAAUUCUGUCAGCUCGGCUGUAUUAAGAUUGUACAUGAACGGAAUCAAUUCGACCGGCACCCGUAGUCCACGUGAGUCGGACAACUGUAAAAACCCUUCCGAGCAGAUGAUUCGCAUCACGGCCUCGGUGUACUUCCGCAAGAACAGGAAAGACAAUACCCAGGAACGCAAGAAGCGCAUGUGUAGCAGCACGACGAUUACCCAAUCGUACCGGGGCUGGAUCACGAUGGACACGCUGCUGGCGGUGAAGCUGUGGGACAAACCGAACCGCAACUUUGGCAUUGCGAUCGACGUCGAGGAUCAGGAGGAUCGCCCACUGCGGGCGGCCGAUUUCUUCCAACCGGCCGAUUGCUCGGAGGCAAGUAAAAGCAAUGCUUCAACCGUACUUCCAUGGAGCUUUUUCCGAAAUACACUCUCAUGGACCGCUAAUGAAAUGGACAAUGUGCCACACCAACCGCGAAUAGACGUCCUGAUGCAUCAGCGUAACCUCCAUCACAACCAUCGCCCGUACCGUACCAAGCACCACUACGGGCACAAUGUGCGCUACCAUCUGGCAAACGGUUCCAGCACCGGCAGCUUCUCGGGCAAUUCGUACGAGCUUGAUGAUACCGACACUACGGGCAGUGCUGCCGCCACCGACACCAACCACCACACCUACCAGCGCGUCCUCCACUUGCACCAUUUACUGCACAAACUACAGACCCACCGGCAACACAUUGCACAGCAGCAGGUUGUGCAGCACCCGGUGGCCAUCAACCGGGCCCAGAUUAAGCGUCGCCAUCUGCAUCAUCACACCGACACUAACGACGAAAGCGAGGAGAACCAAUCCGUGUCCGCGUCGGCAACGCUCGAUUCGAUGGCUUCCACGUCCGGCGAGGAUCGUCAGCUAUGAUUCACCCGGACACCAUAAACUGUGGCUACAAUGUGGAGAUCAGUAGAGUAGCAACGAACAACACUGGUAACAUAUUCUAGCCGGCUUUAACAUCCUUACGUCGCGAAGCUUAGGUGUACGAGUUGUAGACAUUAGACAUUCGAGUACGGUUGUUCCCGAUGGAGCACCGUCGUAACAUGCGCUUCCUUUAUGAGUUCCUUUAUUUGUUUUUCCCUCCAUUUGUUCCUGAGCAUACUUGGUGUAAAGAUGUAAGGAUGCGCAAGGACUCGUAGCACACAAGCACAAGCAGGUAUUUGAUUUGGUCCGGAACUAAGUCUCCCGCUUGCGACACGCCAUUUGGGGCCGCUGCAGAGCUCCUGUGCUCCUUAGUAUUGUACUUAAGUGGAUUAUUUUAAGGAUGGAACCUGGUGGGUAGCUGUAACCGGUCCGUGUUACGAGCACAAAAAAAGGCACGUGUUGUGCAGAGCAAAGAUGGCGACGGAUGGUGUUAGGCGCCUGUCCGAUGGAUGCUCGUUACGGCGCGAUUUGCACUCUGUGUGUGCUUCCGUAUCCAGUUGUACUUUCUUAUAGAACAGGUUCUUGAGUAAUUGUCAAAAAUGGUUAAGCUUUAUACAUAGCGAUACGUUAAGUUAACGACUAUAUAGUACCCGCACGAACUGAUCGAACGAGCAGGCGAAUCCCGCGACCCGGAAAAUCGUGUAAAUAUUCAUUUCUCAUCUUUUCUGCUUCACGCUUUACUAUCACACCGUGUGUGAGAUGAGGCACUAAACUUGCGCUCGUUGUAUCUAGAUGUAUUAUUUAUUACACCUCCCAGACGCGGGGAGACGGAUGGUUCUAUUCGGACUACGUCCAUUCGAGUAGAGAUACUGGAGUUUAUUUACUGGCGCAACGUGUUGUACUAGCUUCUGACAGAUUGCUAUUCUGCUAUUCUUAUAGAACCAUAAUCACACUAAAUUGUCAAACUGGUCGAAACAUCAUACAAAUAGAGAGAGACACACACACACAUAGAAACCCUGAAUAGAUUGUAAAUAUUAUAGGGAAGAGGAUAUACGUUUACGAGUCUGUUUUGUUUGAACAGAUCUACUAUCAGUAAGAGUGAGCAUACUUUGUAUCGAUUGUUUUUUUCCCCCGAUUUUAUUUGUUCACUACAGGCUCAGUUCGGCACUGUUAGCAGCAAUGCAGUAAAAGGAUGAUCGCGGCCAACCGUCUGUAAGUCGUUCAAACCGACGAGGGUGAAUGAAGAUUUCGAAUCAUUGAAAAAAUAAUAAUUAAUGUAGACUAGACUAUUGUACGGCUAGUUAAGGAUUCAGAUGAAAUAAAAGAACAAUAAAAUGGCUUCAAGAAAAAAAAAA